GACAAACGCUUGUAACAGAUUAGACAGGAUGUUGUAUUGAUAAUAUCAACAGCACUAUAUUUAUUAUCCAUAAUGGUAUAGCAGGAAAAUAAAGAUAAAAGAUGGCAGGUGUGAACAGAAACAUUUUACAGUCAGAAGGAUUUUCUGUCAGAAAAGAUAUGUAUAAUGGCUAUACAAUUGAUACAAAAUACCAAAAUUGUGAAAAUAUCAAGAAAGAGUUUGAAGAAAAAUUGCAAGGAGCUGUUACCAAAUGGAAGACUGAGGGAAUAAAAGCAGUAUGGGUAAAAGCAAGAAAGAAUCAUUCUGAGGUUGUGCCAGUCUGUACUGAGUUAGGUUUUGAUUUCCACCAUGCUCAGCCUGGUUAUGUUAUGUUGACUAAAUGGUUACCAGACAACAUUGAAAACAGAAUUCCUGGAUUUGCCAACCAAUAUCUGGGUGUAGCUGGAUUUGUAGUCAAUGACAAAGGACAGUUACUUGUGAUACAAGAAAAAUAUAACCUUAUAAAGAAACACUGGAAGCUGCCUGGAGGACUGGCUGAUUUAGGAGAAAGUUUAGAAGAAACUGCCAUACGAGAAGUACUUGAAGAGACAGGUAUUAAAGCUGAGUUUAUAAAUGUGAUAGCCUUUAGACACCAACAUCAGUUUAGAUACGGAUGUUCUGAUUGGUACUUUAUAUGUCUGAUGAGACCAAUCACUGAAGAGAUAAAACCUUGCCCACAUGAGAUUGGGGACUGCAAAUGGAUGGAUAUAGAGGAAUACCUAUCAGAUCCAGAUAUUACAGAUACUAACAGGUUUAUAGUACAAUGUUAUAAAGAUGGUAAACUUAAACAUGGUGGAUUGCAAAUAGCUCCUUUAGAUGUGCUGAACUAUACAAAAAAGAACUAUCAUAAGAUUUAUUGUAUACAACAGAGUACCAGUAAAGAAUGAAGUUCUACUAAAGCACAAGAUUUGAAUGUCCCUUGUACUGUGUGACUGUGAUUAGUCUCAGGAACUUUAUACACAUACAUGUGUUUUAAGCAGAUUUUGUUUUAUAUAUUCAUGAUAAGUUUUAUAUAAAAAAGGAGUAUUAUCUGUUGAAUAUUUUAUGAAUUGUUAAAUAUACCAAUCAUUUUUUUUAGAUAUUAUACAGAUAUAGAUUAUCUAUCAUUUUAUGCAAAUUGUAUGUCAAGUUUAGGAUAUUUUAGAGAAAAUUAAAAUAUAAUCCGUUAGAAAA